UUGACUAGCGUUGACAAAUGUUAUUAAUAUUACAUUUUAUUAGUAUUAUUUGUAAUCUGAAUUACCUAGAUUCUAGAUCUAAUUUAACAAUAAUUGAUUGUUAAUUUAUCUUGCAUCGUUGAAAUUUAAUAUGGUUAAUGAUUAAUAAUAUCAGGCCUUCUCACAUUCAGGAGAUUUUAGGUUAAAGAAAACAGUAAUAACCAAUCAAGAAUGGAAGGGGAAACACAUGUAAUUCUAAAUACACCAGUAGUUAAAGUGGAACCAUAUGAGGUAAUUACAACAGAUGUUUCAACUGAUAGUGCAACUUUUGAAGACAUAAAACCAGACGUAUCCAUUAGCACUUUUAACGAGAGAAACCCAAAUGUAUCAGAUUCAACACUUGAAGACAUAAAUCCAGAAGAAUCAAUUUCCACUUAUGAAGGCAAUGAUCCAGAUAGAUCCAUUUCAUAUCACGAAGACAUAAAUCAAGAUGAAGUGGAUACUCAGCAAAACAUAUCCAUUGAUUACUCUUCUUUAAGAUAUCCAUUAAUUCACAGUGAAGUGAUUUCAUACGUGUGUGAUUUAUGUAAUCGAAAAUUCAUGAGGAAUAGCAACAUAAGACAACAUUUAAGAAAACAUAUUAUAGGAGAAAAAUUACAUAAGUCUGGCUAUAAUCUGCAUAACUUGAUGUAUUCAAAAAAAAGGCCAUAUGAAUGUGAUGUAUGUCAUAAAAGGUUUUUACGGAAGUCUUAUUUAGAUGUGCAUAAAAAUAUUCAUACUGGUGCAAACCAAUUUGAGUGUGAUGUUUGUCAUAAAAAGUAUUCUCAGAAAUCUUACUUAACUGCACAUAAAAACAUUCAUUCUCAAGAAAAGCUAUAUGAGUGUAACAUUUGUCAUAAAAAGUUUACCUUUAAGUGUUAUUUAGCAACACAUGAAAAACUUCACUUUGAAGAGAAGCAAUAUGAAUGUAAUUUUUGUUUUAAAAGGUUUUUUCUGAAGACAAAUUUAACUCAACAUGAAAAGAUUCAUCUUGGAGAUAGGCAGUUUGGAUGUGAAAUUUGCCAUAGAAAGUUUACUCAGAACUCUCAUUUAACUAAGCAUAAAAUGCUUCAUACUGGAGAAAAACCAUACGAAUGUGACAUUUGUCAUAAAAAGUUUGCUCUGAGCGAUUACUUAGCAACACAUGUAAAAAUUCAUGAUAAAGUAGACAACUAUGAAUGUGAAGUUUGCCAUAAGGUUAUUUUCAAGAAAUAUCAAAUAGAGCAACAUAAAAAAAUGAACUGUGGCAGUAAAACUUAUGAGUGUGAUGUUUGUCAUAAAACAUAUUCCACUAACUCUUCUUUUAAUACGCAUAAAAGGCUUCAUACUGGAGAAGAGAAAUUUGAAUGUAAAAUUUGUCAUCAAAAGUUUAAUAUGAUGAUGUAUUUAACAAAACAUAAGAAAGUUCAUGAUAAAUGUGGACCUCUUGAAUGUGAGGUUUGUCACAAAAUGUUUAAAAGGGAAUUUCAUUUUCAACGACAUAAAAAGAUACAUUUAGAAGAAAAUUAAUAUAUACUCAGAAUUCGCCAUCAUAUUUAAUUAAGUCUUAUUUGAAUAUCAAGUGUAUAUUUGGUUUAAUAAAAGAUAAUUAUAAUAAAUAUGAUUUAGACAGAAUGUUUGUUCUGAACAUUUUUAUCAAAGCCUAUGAAAUUGUUUUUUGUAAAGUUAACAUAAAUAUAUUUGUAUUGUAGAGGAAGUUGUAUUGGCUGUUUUAUAUAUUUGAAAAACAUAAGGAAAUAUAAUUUAAAUCGUUAUGCUUUUAAGUACGUUACGUCUUUUUUUCAAACAAAAUCAAAGGGUGGCUAAUUUUUACUGGCCCCAUCUGUUGUGUGUUGGUAUUGUAAAAAGUUUUCAGUUUACGUAUGUUUAAUUAAUCCUUUAUUUUAACAAAAAUUACAAGUUGUUAUUAUAUUUUUCUUUUUGUAUCAUACUUUACUUUAAACAUUUUCCAGCUCACUUAAAAAAGGCUCAAUACAAAUAACAUAAAAAUUCAAACAUUACAUAAUCUGUCAUUUUUUUAAAAAAUUUUUGUUGAAGAAAUCUGUAUGUCAUGUGAGGGCCAGGAUGGCUGAGUGGUAUAACCCUCAACUGCUUUGAGGUCAAAGGUCAGAUCUCAGACUUGAAUCUUAGGAACAUAUUUUGGUUCACCCAGCUCACAGAUGAAUGUGAGGAAAGAAAAGGCAGCCUAGUACUGACAACACUUUCCUGAUAUGUCAUCAUCAUCUUUUCCCUGUGUGUGCCUAGACACAUGGGGCAGAUAAAGUAGAGUUCAUCUCUUUCAAUGACUUGGGCAUAGAUUAAUGUGAGGAAAGAAAAGGCAGCCUAAUACUGACAACACUUUCCUGAUAUGUCAUCAUCAUCUUUUCCCUGUGUGUGCCUAAGACACAUGGGGCAGAUAAAGUAGAGUUCAUCUCUUUCAAUGACUUCUGCAUAAAGGGGAUUAAUUAACAUAUGCCCAGCCGUCUUUGUUUCCCUAAUGUACAUUAGGUGCCCAUCAAAGCUGGGUGGAAUCAGGGAUGUUCUACUAAUUUGAACUCAAGCCUUUCGAGUUAGUAGUCUAACACUCUUCCACUAGCCCACGCUGUCCCCUUAUAUGUCACAUGAAAUUCAUCUGCCAUACUGACCAUCAGGUCAGAAUGAAUAACUUUUUGUGUAAUGUAUAUGAUUACUACAAUUUUUAUAAUUAUAAUGUUUAUCAUCCUACUCAUAUCAAUCAAUUUACAUUGUGAAAACAAAACUCAUUUCUGUUCAUGACUUGUUGAAUUGUUUUAUUAUAAAAAAAUCAAAAUAACUACACUUUUGGCUUAAAUGUGUAUGACAUAGUGUAGUGUAUAGUUUUACAUCAUGUUAUUAAAAAGAGGAACUAAGCACAUCAUUGCUUAUGAUCACAAAGAGAAAAUUUGUUAAGAUUAGAAUUAUUACCAUAGAGACUAGACUUAUUACUGAGGGUAUAAUUCCACUUUCUGGCAGUGAAUGGCGGAAAUCAACUCUGCUACCAUCAACUCUCUGCAUUCCUACCAAUUUAAGUGCCUGAAUGGGAUAAAAGGCAUUCACUGACCCAACAUAAAAGUUACUAAAAGAAAUGGAAGCCAUAUCAGAAGUAAUUGAAAAGAUAUGCCACUGGAUGAAAUCUGAUUAAAUUACGACAAUGGAGCUGGGAUAUUGCAAGGAAAAAGGAAAAUAGUGAAGGCCAUGGGAAAACAGGGAGAAGCUUUGGAGAAAAAGGACUGACGAUAGCUGAAAUAUUCUUGAAUAUUCUGGAAAACUGCAAUAAAAGUUGCCAGAAAAAGUCAGAAGUGGAAAGAUUUUUUUGUGUGAUAUCCCUAUGUUCUGGACACAUGGGAAAAAAAAUUAUUCCAAUAAAAUAUUUCUUUGGCUUCAUUUCAUGUUUCUCUUAGUUCUAGCUAAUUACAAAUUAAGUAAAACCUAUCAGUCUUUGAACAUUUGGCAUAAUAUUUUUUUUUUUAUAUUUCAAUUGUAAAUAAUGUUAAGUGCUUGUUUUUAAUUUUAAGUACUAUAAAAAUGUAUUAGUGUUGUAAAUCUGACUGUUAAAUAUUUUUAUUAAGAUGGUUGAAAGCCAUAAUAGGCCACCUACACCUGCACUUAAAUUCACUACCAUUCAUACACAUUUCACAGAAAUUUUCUGUUGUCUCAAGUUCUAGAAUCCUAGACUAUCUCUUUUCUAUCAGACUUAAAUCUUAUAAUUUUAGUUUUUAUUUUCAUAUUAUAACGCAAGACAAUGUUGAUAUACUCUUUGUUUAUAGGAAUAUAAUUUUAUUAAUAAUAAUGAACUGCCAUCACCGAGUAAAUCAAAAUUAAAUGUUGAAUUAUCUACACGUUAAAAUUAAUUCUGUAAAAUUUUGUUUAAAAAAUUACCUGGUUGUGUUUUACUUUUAAGUAAAUCAAUAAAAUAAAAUAAAAUUU